UGAUUACCUCUUUUAUAGUUCCCUUCCUUUUUCUCAUUUUAUGUCUCUUGUGCUCAGAAAGUUCCAUUUUGUCGCUGAUACCUGAAACACAAACACAGGGGAUAUUCUUGUCUCAGCUGCAGUUGAAGGCGGGUGAAAGAAAAUGCUGGAGAAGGUGGAAGAAUUAAACUUGGAGAAAGUGAUUGAAGAUUUUGAGGCCCUAACAAAGGAUGCUGAGAGGGUUCAGAGGGAGACGCUUAGAAGGAUCCUGGAAGACAAUGCUUCAGCCGAAUACUUGCAGAAUCUGGGUCUAAAUGGAAGAACCGAUCCUGAGAGUUUCAAGGCCCAUGUCCCACUGAUUACCCACAAGGGAUUGGAGCCCUAUAUGACCAGAAUCAUUAAUGGCGAUGCCUCUUCCAUUCUCACGGGAAAGCCAAUCACAACAGUGUCUUUAAGCUCUGGAACUACUCAGGGUAAGCCCAAGUAUUUACCAUGGAAUGACGAAUUAUGUGAAACAGCUGUGCAAAUGAAUCAGACCUCUUUUGCCUUUAGGAACAGGGAGUUCCCUAUAAAAAAUGGGAAAGCCUUGAGCUUUAUAUAUGGCAGCAAGCAGUUCGAAACAAAAGGAGGUCUCAUGGCUGGAACUUCUACAACAAAUUUGUUCCGACAUGAAAGGUACAAAAGCGCGAUGAAAAAACUUCAGUUACAAUGUUGCAGCCCGGAGGAAGUAAUAUUCGGUCCUGAUUUUCAUCAAUCCUUGUACUGCCAUCUCUUGUGUGGCUUAAUUUUCCGUGAACAAGUUCAACUGGUGUCUUCUACAUUUGCACACAGCAUUGUCCAUGCAUUUAGAACCUUUGAACAAGUAUGGCAAGAACUCUGCACUGAUAUCCGAGAAGGGGUCCUAUCGAGCACAGUCACAGUCCCAUCCAUUCGAACGGCCAUGUCAAAACUUCUCAAACCAAAUCCAGAGUUAGCCAACCUGAUUGAAAAGAAAUGUAUGGGACUGAAUAACUGGUAUGGGCUAAUACCAGAAAUUUUCCCCAAUACUAAGUACAUCCAUGGGAUCAUGACUGGCUCAAUGGAGCCUUAUGUGAGUAAGCUGAGGCACUACGCUGGGGAUCUGCCUUUGUUGACUACUGACUAUGGGGCUUCUGAAGGAUGUCUUGCUGCAAAUGUGAACCCUAAGCUGCCCCCUGAAUUGACCACUUAUGCCGUGCUUCCUCAUCUUGGUUACUUUGAAUUCAUUCCUCCUAGUGAGUCAGAGCAAUGCAAUGGAGGGUCUGCUUUCCCCUGUGUCGAUCCUCAGCCAGUGGGCCUGACUGAGGUGAAGGUUGGUGAAGAAUAUGAGUUUGUUACCACCAAUCCAGCAGGUCUGUAUCGGUAUAGGCUGGGUGAUGUGGUGAAGGUCAUGGGGUUCUAUAACUCAACCCCACAGCUCAAGUUUGUUCGUCGGAGCAGCCUUCUGCUUACCAUUAACAUUGACAAGAACACUGAGAAAGAUCUGCAGUUAGCAGUAGAGGCAGCAGGCAAGCUAGUGGCAGAAGAAAAAAUGGAAAUUGUUGACUACACAAGCCACGUUGAUUCGUCCACAGAGCCAGGGCACUAUGUGAUCUUCUGGGAGAUCAAUGGGGAAGCAAGUGAAGAACUACUUAGUGAAUGCUGCAACUGUCUGGACAAGUCUUUCGUUGAUGCAGGCUACGUCAGUUCUCGCAAAACCAACUGCAUUGGCCCCCUGGAACUCCGGGUUCUCAGGAGGGGAACGUUCCAGAAGAUUCUAGACCACUUCAUAGGAUUAGGAGCUGCGGCUAGUCAGUGCAAGACCCCAAGAUCUGUGGCUCCUUCACAUAGUAAAGUGUUGCAAAUCUUGAGUGAGAAUGUUGUGAGGAGCUAUCUCAGCACUGCUUUCAAUUGAUCGACUAAUUACGGUGGGAAAUAUGGCAAUUAAUUUGAAAAGCUUCUUCCUUUGUGUAUUUCUCAAAUCGGGCCGCUUUCUUUAGAUGAAGUUCCUUUUAGGAUAUUAGUUAUCAUAGUUUUCGAGUAGGGCACGACUUCCUAGAUAAUAUUCACCAUAAUAACAGCAUAUGUUGCCGUGUAUUUCAAAGUGAAGUGAUCGCAAAUGUCGAAAGAAACUAAGAUAAGGUUCGCGUUUUGUCCUUAAAAAGUUUUCUUCCAUA